ACUUCAAGUUACUUCGACUCGCCACUGCCUGAUAACAAAAAUGGCGCACAUGAUGGCGAGAUCGAGACUUGGACUGUUUGCAUUUAAAUAUAAUAAUCGAGUGAAAUCGCGAAUUUUAGUACCCUUAAAGUAUCAACGAUUAUGUUUCCAUACAAACUGGAUAUUGGAUGCAAAGGGCAAGGAAUUAUUGAUGCCGUCGUUAUCGCCAACCAUGGAAACUGGCACAAUCGUUAAAUGGUUAAAGAAGGAAGGUGACAAAAUUAGUCCUGGAGAUGCAAUUGCCGAUAUUCAAACCGAUAAGGCGGUGAUGGCUAUGGAGGUAGAAGACGAAUUAAUCCUUGCAAAAAUUCUUGUGCCCGAAGGAACCAAAGAUAUUAAAAUAGGAACAUUGAUCGCUCUUACCGUAGAAGAGGGCGAGGAUUGGAAAUCUGUAGAAAUGCCUGAUGCUCCUGCGGCUCCUGCGGCUCCUGCUAAAUCUCCGACACCUUCUGCUCCUGCUCCGUCGUUAAGUCAACCGACUGCGCCACCCCCACCAGGACAGCAAAAUGUUCCCAUGCCUGCGCUUUCUCCAACCAUGUCAACAGGUACAAUUGUAAAGUGGUUAAAAAAGGAAGGCGAUGAAAUACAACCGGGAGAUGCGAUAGCCGAGAUACAAACUGACAAAGCGGUAAUGACUUUUGAAAUGGAAGAUGAGGUUGUACUCGCAAAGAUUUUGGCACCCGAAGGUAGUCAAGUGGACGUGGGUCAAUUAAUUGCUGUUACAGUCGAGAAGGGAAUGGAUUGGAAACAAGCUGUCAUACCACAAGUGCUUAAGGUUACUCCAAGCGUUGCCCCUGCAGUUGCAAAGCCCGACGAAAAGGGACAGGUAUACGGAUUAGCAGUCAAGCUGUUGCUAGAGGAAUAUGGUUUAGAUCCUAAUUCUAUCAAGGGCACCGGUCGUCCUAAUCGAAUUCUUAAAAGUGACGUGCUAACAUACAUACAAGCAAAUAAUAUAAAAAAGGUUCAACUUAAAGCUGCUGCCCCACCAAAGGUCGAAGAAGUUAAAAAGUCACCUCCUACGGUACCGGGUCGUCCAUCAGCUUACGAAGAUAUACCCGUAUCGAAUAUUCGAAGUGUUAUCGCGAAACGUCUUGGAGAGUCUAAAUCGAAUAUACCUCAUUCUUACUCGACCAUUGACAUCAAGAUCAACAAACUGCUCGAGAUCCGAAAUCAAUUAAAGCAGGAUGGUAUAAAUGUAUCGGUCAAUGACUUUAUCACGAAAGCUGUGGCUCAUGCGCUUGUCGAAUGUCCCGGAAUCAACACCUUAUAUACGAAGGAUAAAAUCGUGCGUUCUCCAAACGUAGAUAUUUCUAUAGCAGUUGCGUCUCCUACGGGUCUUAUCACGCCGAUCGUAUUUGAUGCGCCGUCUAAAAGUUUAGUAAACAUUUCUACGACCAUCAAAGAAUUAGCUGGAAAGGCAAAAGCUGGAACUUUGAAGCCACAUGAAUUUCAAGGAGGAUCCUUUACAAUAUCCAAUUUGGGAAUGUUUGGUAUUAAAGAAUUUUCCGCCAUUAUAAAUCCUCCGCAAACUGCCAUCCUUGCUGUUGGAACAGGACGCCCGGAACUGAGUGAUUCUUUGGAAGCUAUCACCAAGAUGAUGACAACGUUAUCAUAUGAUAGACGUGCCAUUGCUGAGGAUGAUGCAGCUGACUUUUUAGCAGUACUGAGAGCUAUGUUGGAGGAUCCAGCUUUUCUUGCUAUUGGAAAAAUCCAAGCAUUAAGACAUAUGAACGAUUGAACACGCAAUGUACAUAUAGUAAGGAAAGGAGGACGAUGAUAAGAUUUACAAACGUGUUGCAUAAAUUUGUAGUAACUUUCAGUAAAAUUCGAGUGUGAAUAAGUGAUCGUUGAUACAAGUUGAUGCCGUGGUGUCAUAUCUGAGCUAUAUUCGAGAAAAUAUAAUUUUACAUAGUCUAUCGUUUCGAUCUUAUCACCUGCUAGUCACCAAAAGGUUUUAAACCUUGUGAUAUUAUCAUCAAAGAAGAACUUUAAUGAUAGUCGUAUUUACUGCCAAGUAAAGUACAAUGAUACAUUAAAUGAAAACUUUUAGUUUCAAAUAAUUGUAGAAAACUUCAUAUAGAAGAUCAAAAAACACAAGAUUUCAAGAGAUUGACAUUAAGUUUUAUAUAUUUAAAAAAUUGCGGUGUGUGUGCGGUAAUCAUUGUAACUCGGCAUUUAUAAUUUCAUUGUUUCUUUUCCAAAUCUGCUCAAAAUGAGAAAACUGACAAACAUAAUGAUAUUUAAUGGAUUUACUAUAUGCAGUUUUGUAUAUAAGUAAUUGUGUUUCAUAUAAUAAAUUGCUUUUUAUGCUCUCUGUGUGUAUGUACGUACAUACGUACAUACAUGCAUACAUCACACAAAAGCGCGCGCGCAAUAUCACACCCCGUUGAUAAGAAAUAUAUGUAAUACCGUUGUAUGUUUGAAAUAAUUAAAGUAUAGAUAAUGGUGUUAACAUGCAAUAAGAAUAUCAUAUAAAUAGGUUUUAACGGUAUUACAAGUGUUUUACCCUUCUCUUUUAUAAAACAAGGAGAAGUAUGUAAAAUUUAUGCAUAUGCGUGGACUUAAAUUAUAAUUUAUAUUUAACAAAUAUCAUUGGCAUAAUGUUAACACGAAACCAUUGUCUUAUAUUGUAAAUAAAAUAUUUAUUGUUUAAUAU